UUUAGAAAACGUUAACUUAAGAUGGCUAAGAAGAACGGAACGUCAUGGUUCACGGCCGUGAAAAAGAUUCUCUGGUCACCAUCAAAAGACUCAGAUCACAAGAAGACUCACAAGAAAGAAACUGAUUACAAGAAAAAUGAAAAGAAAGGAUGGAUAUUUAGAAAGACCAAACUCGAAACUACAAAUUCUGUAGUAGAAGACACUGUCCGUAAGGUUCUUACGGUGGAGACAGUGGAGGAAGAGAAACCUGCGGUUAAUGUCUCCGCCGUGGAUGAAGCUGUCGCCGAGAUCGUUAAACUAAAGGCACCUCCGGGUUUUAUUAGACGUCAUUGUGCUGCCAUUGUUAUUCAGACAGCUUUCCGAGGCUACCUCGUGUACUCUAAUCGUACUAAUUAA